GGUUGGCCGACGUGUUUUCCAGUUUAGCAUCCACUUUAUUAAAUUCCUGCACAUGCAAUGCAAUUACAGUUAAUUUCAUUUAAUAUGUUUCGAAGAAUGAAUUUUAGUGAUUAAUAAAGAGUUUUUGAACCGCGUUCUGUUUGAAAAUCGAAUAAUUGUGCAGAAAUGAUUUCGAAUUGUUUGUUGUUGUUCGUGUUUAGCUCUGUUGUUGGAGCCAGUGCAGACUGUGUGUUUUCCCUAAAGGAAGACUUCGGCAACCCAUCACCAGUUUUACUCCGCAAAGGCUCAUACCUGAGUCCAAAUAACCAAGGCGAUGUGAGACUCGGUCGUGGUGAAGUCGUGCUGAUCGGUUGCCCUGGUGAUAGACAGGCAGUAAUUUUAGGAAAUUACUCUACCGGAUUAAAUGAUUUGGAAGUGCACUGCGUGGCGAACAAGACUGUCCGCUUUGGUGCGGGCUGGACUGGUGAUUUCAAAGAAAUCCGUUGUAAAACCCAACCGUGGAUCACCACAGAGGACAUCGGAACAUGCUACGGUGUUAUGAGGAACCAUCGAGUGGGUUACAAAGUACGGGGCGAGUUCUACUCUCUGUACGAAGCCUGUUUCGAUAUGAAUCUACUUAGCACCUUGUACGUGAAGCAUCACGUGUCGCCUACCAACAAGUUCGUACAGCCCGGAUCUAGACCCAAAUUUAUAGAGGGCACUGUUUUCGGGAAAAUGCGUAUGUCUAAGUUGUACAAGUUUGCGCAUCAAAAAGCGCAGCUAUCUGCCUUACUUGGUGAAGAAAUUUCCGAUAAGCAACUCACUAAAAAACAGUUCCUCACUCGCGGUCACCUGGCCCCUCGCGCGGACUUCUCGCUGCGCGCGCAGCAACGGGCGUCGUUCCACUACAUUAACACAGGACCGCAGUGGCUGCGCGGCAAUGCAGGAGACUGGGCUGCUUUAGAAGAUAGCGUCCGCAGCCGAGCCCACAGGCACAAUCUGACUCUGACCGUGUACACAGGCACGCACGGAGUUCUCAGCCUGCCGAACGCCAAGAACGUCUCUACACCAAUAUAUCUUGCUAAAGACGACAACAAUAAUGAUAUCGUUCCCGUUCCAUUGUAUUUUUUUAAGGUAAUCUACGAUCCUGUGGGCAAAACAGCGACAGCAUUCAUCAUCAUCAACUCUCCUUACAUAAAUAACAAGAUGAUAUCGGAUAUGGCGUUUUGCAACGACGUGUGCGAGAUGAAUCCGAAUUUCUCGUGGCUGCGCUGGCGCGACGACGGCGCGUACAGUUUCUGUUGUACCUACAAAGAACUUGCUGAAGAAGUCGAACUUUUACCACGCUUGGAUGUUAAGGGGUUGUUUUAUUAAAAAAAUAAUCUAUAUUUCGUUAAUAAUAAUGCCACAUGUGAACACACGUCAAGUGUUUUAUUACAAAAAUAAUACAAACUACAUGAAGCAAUCAUGUAUAUGUGUUUUAUGUAAUAGCACACCCCGGACACUCCAUACAACGGUCGAAAAUUAUUUACCUGCUACUACUAUAUACAGCAAGGCGCUAUCUGGACACGCACAAAUGUGUGCGUGAAGUGGCAGGGUUACCUAUCACUUUCUCACACUAUUACGCUACGUGGUCAGAGCGGCAACAUAGCGAAAAUUCUAACGCGAAUCUGUUAUCUAUGAUUAUAUUAAUAGAAUCCUAAUAAU